UAUAUUCACUCAUUCAGUCAUUGCAGUUUUUGGUUUAACUCGCUAAUGUUUAGUUCAGAGUUUUAGUUCGUGUUUUCGAUGAAAAAUUUUUUUGCGAAAACAAAUUUGAUCGAUUUUCGCAUAUAAAAUACAGUAAAAUAAAAUCGUAUUCCCAGGUUAUACAGUGACAUGAAAUCAAAAUUUUCGGAUUAUCACGUAAAUUUAUUGAAACGAAAAAUUCUGUAAAGAAAAAUUUACGUUUAUUAUGAUAUUUCGUUGAACAAGCCUUUUAACAAGCUAAGGGAACUUACAGUUUUUAGUGAUCUGUGAACUAUUUUCGGAUACAAACUACAUUUUACUCUUUUUAAUAUUAUUGUGGUAUACGAGAGAUAACAACACUUCAACAAUUGAAACCAUCCAAACACAUUUAUAAAAAUUCCGACCGCAGAAAAUACAAAGAAUUUCACCUUUGGAGCACAUUGUUGUAAAUUUUGCCAGUUAAAACAGAGAAUUUUAUAUCAAAAUAAUCUUAUCAGUAUUCGAUACCAAUAAAAUUCACCCGAAAUAAAUAAACGCAAAUAAAUUAAGUGUACAACACAUCAUUUCUUAAGAGUGGCAUUAAGUAAAAUAAUACAGAGAAGAAAAAAAAGAAAAAAUAAUUUUCAGUCAAGUGUUAGAGACUCAAUCGAUAACAGAGUCUAUUGUUUCGGACUCUUUCCCAUUUACACCGUGAACAUUUACAACAAUUUUACCAAUCACCGAUUGUUGUGGUGGCGUCCAAAGCCAAACAGUGUUUUACAAUAUGUGCUAAAAAUUCAAUGAACAUUUCUUCGUCAAUGAUGUGCGGUAAAUCGCGUAUGGACUGCAUCAAUCAAAGCUGAUAUAAAUGGAUAGCAAUCAGCAUACGGGUCCGGGUCCACCGGCCGGAUCAACAAUGAAAUCGAAAGGACAUUCGGACCGUUUGGUCACCGGUCCAUCAUGCCGGGCAUUACGUACUGCCGUUUCGGCACUGUAUUCAGUUGAUGAUUUCAUAAGAGAGAAAAUUGGCUCGGGAUUUUUCUCUGAAGUAUAUAAGGUCACCCAUAGAACAACCGGUCAAGUGAUGGUGCUGAAAAUGAACCAGCUAAGGUCGAAUCGACCGAAUAUGUUGCGUGAAGUACAACUCUUAAAUAAAUUGUCUCAUCCGAACAUAUUAAGAUUUAUGGGUGUUUGUGUACAAGAAGGACAAUUGCACGCGCUAACAGAGUACAUCAAUGGUGGAUCAUUAGAGCAACUACUAGCAAACACUGCAGAGACCCUGAAUGCAGCAAUGAAAAUAAGACUGGCACUUGGAAUUUCCAGAGGGAUGACAUAUCUACACGGAGCUGGCCUAUUUCAUCGGGAUUUAACAAGCAAAAAUGUACUUAUACGAAAAUUGGCGGAAGGAGUAAUGGAUGCAGUUGUUGGAGACUUUGGUCUUGCUGCGAAGAUUCCUAAGAAAAGCAAAACUCGUCUGGAUACAGUAGGAUCACCGUACUGGAUGAGUCCGGAAUGUUUGAAGGGUCAAUGGUAUGAUGAAACCAGUGACGUUUUUUCAUUUGGAAUCAUUUUGUGUGAAAUCAUAGCAAGGAUUGAAGCCGAUCCAGAUAUACUACCAAGAACUGAUUCGUUUGGCCUAGAUUAUUUGUCAUUUGUUGACCUAUGUCCGAAUGACACACCUCCUGUUUUCUUAAGACUGGCAUUUUACUGUUGUACCUAUGAUCCAAAGAGUCGUCCUACAUUCAACGAUAUAAUAAAGAAACUAACCUUGCUGUCGGAUAAAUUGUGCGAUGGAACCAUCCAGCAAAAUCCUCAUCUACUAACACAAACCAGCUUCACGGAUUACAAAUCCCAUCAUAAUGGCACCACACAUAACAAUAACAACAACAACAACAAUAAUAGUAGUAGCAACCAAAAUUCGUUCUUCCAUAACAACUUAAAUUCGCCAAAACGGAAUUCAGUCGAUGCCAACAUAUUUGCUCCAACCGAGUCCAGUGAAGAAGAUGAUGAAUGCAUAAAGUUUAGAAAUCGCAAAGAGAAAUUAAAUAGUUCGCUGCAACAUCGGCGUUCAAUGUCUGAAAAUGUGAUACUAUUUCCACCACACACGACGCCUAGCGACAAAGCGCGAUGUCACAUGCUUAAUCGGCAAGGUAGUAAAUUGAUAGUCGAAGAAGAUGUCCAUCCAAAUGAUUCCCCUUUCCUGAAAGAUCCACAGUAUAAGCCAAGAUCGGGCGAACCGCCAAAUAAGUCAAAUCCAUUUACCGCUCUAGCCCAAUUGCGUGGUGUGAAGAAAAUUCUUGGGGCAAACCCGUCAACCUAUACAGCUGGUACAGCUGGCGAUCUAUUUAGUUCCUGUUUUGAAAUGUCGUCGCCAUUCUGGCGCGAACUGUCAAUAUUUCAAAAAUUAAAUGCCAAAGCGAAUGGAGAUUCGUUGCCGAAGAGUCUGCCCAGUUCACCAACGUCGAUAAGGCGAGAUUAUGCGAGUAAAAUCGACAAGUCGUUAGAAGAGAAAAUUUUUAAAUCAGCCAAAGUGAAAGUCAAUAACACAGAAGAGACGAAAGUCAAUGGAACAGCACGAAAUGACACAAGUGAAGCGACCGUUGUGAAUGGUAUUAAUGGCAGCAGCGUCAACGGUACGAUUUCUGAGUUGGAAUUCGACCCGCUGAAGAGUACUGGCACGAUAAAGAAAUACAAAGCGAAUUCGUUAUUUAGUCAUCCAUUGUUUAAGAACGGCAACGCCGACAGUUCCAGCGACACUUCAAAUUCCAAAGAGAUAGAGCCUAAUGAAAUGCCCAAAAUGAACGGCGAUUCGAAUCACAAAGAUGAUGCAAACGAUUGUUUGAACAACUUUGAAAACUCAAAAUAUGCGCGACGCGGUUCCAGUGAGAGUGGCUUCUUUUCAUGUUUAAACGAAGACUUCAGUGUAUAUAAACCGACCUGCUGCUGCAUUGACAAACUUCAUCCCAAUGUGAAACUCGAUCCGGGCUCGGAUUAUCAGUACACACUGUGUAGAUGUUGCAUCUACUCGAAUAGUAAGGUAUCAUGUGCCACACUUGACGAUUCGUCGUGUCUAUAUAUGAUGGACGACGGUUCAACAAAUAUGAGCUCGUUGCGAAGCUUAGACGAUCUGGAGCUGUCCGAUUCGUCGAAGCGUCGGUACAACUGUCGAUUGGACAUCGACGCACGCUCAAUUGACAUGGGUCUGAUCAAUCGACUGGCAUUGGAUUCGGAAAUAAAAAAUUUGAUCCAAAAGAAUCCGUUCGGCAAUCAAUUGUUGUACUGUCAAAACCGUACCUCGUCCAUCUACACCGACAGUUCGGAUGACAUAAGUAGUCUGGCUGGUUCCGAUUCACUAUUAUGGGACGAUCGUAAUUUCACCACCAUACCGAAUGCUCGAUCGGCUCAAAUAGCCAAAAUUGUGGAAUAUUUCGAACGUAAGGGACAAACAUUCAAACCGUUCAAUGUACCUGAAACAUUUCGAUCGUCGCCGCUGUCCCAGCGUCAUAACAAUGCAGCUUCACCGUUUACCGAAUGUUUUGCUGAAUUUCGUAGCGAAUAUCCGUUUGGUGGUGCCAAUCGAAAAUUUGUCGAUUACAAAGCUCGUGCCACAGCGGCGGACUAUGAGGCGUUUUGCUUAGAAUUGGAUAAGAGGCCAUCGCAACACCGUCUCAUGGUGUGCGAGGGUGCGGUAAAGUCAAAGUUGCAAAUUUUCGAUAAACUUACAUCCAAACAUCACAGUGUACAUAGGGAAUGAGUGAGUUAUAAUAAGCAGAAAGAAAAUAUAAAAAAAAAUUUUAGAAAAAGAGAAAAAAAUUCAAAAUUUUUGUUUUUCAAGCGACAGAAAAAUAAUCGUUAAACUUCCUUGCCCGUAAAUCGAUUGCCAAAAAUGAAAUGAAAUGAACAGUGAGACACGAAAAGGAAAAUAUUUUUAAGAAAAUUAGAAAUUGUUUGUUAUUUUACAUAUAAAUGAAUCCUAACUAUGCGACGAUGAAAAUUGAAUUAAAAUUGAAAUAGCGAAAUUGCAUAAAAUAGAAUUAGGAAAAAAUCAUAAUAUAUGUACACAAAACGAUAUAAACAGAGAGGGAGAAGAACGUGUGAAUGUGGCAUGUGGCAUGUGGAUAUAUAUAUAAAUAACGAGACACUAUGUAGCCGAUGAUGAAACGACGUGAGUAGUUUUUAAAAUUAAAACUUUGUUGAUGAGCGUUCGAUAAAAAAAAAUAUUUUAGAAUUUAACGUAAUGAAGUCAAUUUGUUUCAAAAGCUAAAAUUUGUCGAUUUAUUUUUUAACAAAAAAAAAUAAUAUUCCCAACAAACAGACACUAGGUCUACGCAACACGCACCAGUGCAAGUUGGUAUUCGUCGCCAUUCGUUUUCUUUCAUUACGUCUAUAAUUGCACCUAAUUGAAAAUGUAAGCAUCAAUUGUCCAAGCAGGAAAUUUCGCUCCUCAAAACAUUGAUAGAAUGUGAAACGUUCGGCUUCUCUAAAAUGAGAAUUAUACAUUUCCACAAAUUGAUUGGUCUUCCAUUUUCACGCGGGAAAACACAGAAACAUCUGUUAAUAAUGUCACUUUCUUCAUCAUAUGUCGAGCCGAAUGAUAAAUUCAACUCGAAAAUCAAUUUUACGUUCCGGACCGAUACCGUUUAUUGUUACUGUCAAAACAAAGCUGCCAGCUGCAGUGUCUUGAAUGAAUUAUUGAAUUAUUAGAUUACUGAGUAUGGGGUUGACUAGGUUCCUAUCCACUGCAUACACCCAUUACAGUAUUACACUUAUUUUUUUUGUAGAAUUUGAAAGAGUGACUGCACGUCUACGAAUAGUGGUGGUUAAACAGAUUUCGGUGGUCUUAAAACCCACCGGAAUAUUAACGGAUAUAAUGAGACGAAAACAAUUUGCAGAACAUUCGGGCAGAGUUUACCUGCAUCGAUUUCUCGUUGGCAAGGUACAAAGAACAACAGACCUCUCAUUCAACAGACAGUCAUUCAAAAAUACAAGUCCAGGGGGUAACAACUAUUUUCUCUGCAUUUGUCGAUGUUAUCGAAUUCCCUUUCCUAUUUACCGUAGAAUAAAAACAGACCUUGAAAGAAAUAAGAAAAUCAGAAAGAUCACAAAUGGGAGUUACCUUCUCCCCAGUACAAGGUAGAGGUCCGAUCUCGCAUAAAUUAAUCAAAAAUGUUUUCAGAAAAAUCGCUUUAAUUUGAUUUUAAUAAUCUUGUAAAGACACUGAGGCUUCGAAAAUGUCAGGUUUAACCGGAACCCAUUCUGAAAACAUCAGUUUCAGGCCAUAUCACGUCCAGUCUAAUAUACAAAGCCGGUACAACCUGAAAACAUGUCCUGCAUUUUAAUUCACUCACGUUUCAUAGAAAAUAAUUGUUUUAAAGUCCCUACGAGGACGUUAAACGAUUAAUUUCAUUUAAUUUAGUUUUAUGGAUUGAAGAAGCUUGUUUAAGUGAGGGGUCCGGUACUAUUGAAAUGUGAGAAAAGGAUUAGAGUAGAUUAGACCACAAAAUGUUAAUUAACUGUCGGCCUUAAAUAGUAGAAAAACCGAUUAAAAUAGGAAGAAGCAAAAAAAAACUUUGUUUUUGAAACUAAGAUUGAUUGUGACAUUAUUCAUUUUACGUCCAAUGAAAAUUUUAAUCGACACAACACCGUUUUUUAUUAAAAUGAACACUUUUACACACACAUACCGACACGCGGAGAUAGUAAAACGUUUUUUGUAUUUAACAAGUAUAAAUGAAUUUUUCAUCUUUGAAGUAAAAUGUAAAAGAAAAUUUAAAAGAAAAUCGAUAAAGAUCAAUUUGUUCUUUGCGUCGUAGAAAUCGAAAUAAAUUAUAAGUAAAAUGUGAUCACAUUCAUUACGUUUCAUAGUUACAUAUCUUCCAUUUCAUUAAUAAAUAUUUAAAAAGAAAAGAAAUGAGAACAAUAAUUGUUUAAACACGUCCUCCUUGAAGUAAAAUUGAAUGAAAGAAAUAAAUUAAAAUUUUAAAAAUAAAUUAAAUUAUUGAAAACAGACAGAAUUUUUAGGAAAUUAAUUUAAUUUAAAGGAAGGAAAAGAUUUUUGUAGUAAUAUUUUUGUCGGAAAAGCAAUGUGAACAGUGAACAUAUCACCAAAAAGACAUUUAAUACAGUGAACACGAUCCGAAUUUUCUACCAAAAUCUUCGAGCGAACUCUUUUGUCGGAAAGAGUCGUAAAACUUAGUGAUUUAUUUUUGGUUAAGACUAAGACAUCUCUUUAAUCGACUUUUACAUGAUUUUGCGUAACGCUAAUGUCGAAAGUGGCCUGUUUCACCGAGGGAAAGCAAGAAAAUUGAUUUAAGUUUCAAAAGCAUGUAAAAUUAUGAAAAAUGAAAAAUCCAGUUUUCGUGCGAUUUUUUACCUCGGCUUUGCCUCGGACGUCACACGAAAACUGAAAUUUUCAACUUUUUAUCCCUUGGUCAUUUCGCCAAAAAUGUCUUGGCCCAAAUAAGUUGCAAAGUCCUACUAUUCUUACUGUAAUUAUACUUCAACGUUUGCUAAAAGCAAUUAGUUGUUGCAUUUUUGACAGGUGCGACAGUCGAUUCUUCUAAACACCAAUGACAAGCUUGAACAGUUAAUAACAGCGUGACAUAUGCAAAAAGUUUCGUAUUCUUAGCGAUCUUAGCGCCCUGAAAUUGUCCAAGGUAAAAAUAUUAUGACGAAGAAGAAUGCGCGUAUGAACCUUUCAAAAACGGCUAAACAUUUGUUAUCGACAGCAACGACAAACGAAAGCCAUGCUCUAAUUUGGUACUAUAUAGUACAUUGAAUGAAAAAACAAAUGAAGUAAAAGAAUUACUAUUUAGUGUUGAUCGAUACGUUAAGCGACGGAAGUAAUAGAUUUAAUUCGCAUUGCCGUUUCUAAAAGAUUUAGUUUGCUAGAUGAUAUAUAAAGUGAAAAUCAAAAAGUAUUUCCAUCAAUAACUGUUGUAAUGAAAUGUUCACUGGUGAUAGAUUAUUUAAAUUUACAAAAAUUCAGUAUUAAAAAGUGUAAAAUUUACAAUGGAAUUGUAAAUUUAAAUAAAAUGGAAAAACAAUUGAAUGAUUCGAAUUUGGCAAAAUUUGAAUGCUUCGUCUAUUUGAUCCAGUUAUAUAACUUGUUGUUCAGGCAAGUCGACUAAAAAAGUAGAAUUUAAAUUUUGCGGCAAUUUUCGGUGAACUUUAGGAUCGCUUUUGUUUAAUGUGUCAAGAAGAUUUCCUUACGAAAUGUCUUUUUAAGGAAUAUAAGACCAAAUAUGCCAACUGCUUCCCAACAAUAAUUGUAAGAAAAUACGUUUUACUGUCAUAGAAUUCUAUGUUAGUCAUUUUUCAUUUACAUUGAUUAUACAUCCGGAGCAAUUUUAAAUUUUUUUGUUCAAAUAAAAUCUUUGCGGACGUAUCGCCAUAUUUUUACAUUUUUAUUUCGAACUUCAAAUUUUAACUCAUUUUUAGUUCGCUUGCAUAGAAAUGUCGAGGUCUAAAGCGUUGCCUCACUAUUGUAGCGACUCUGAGGCUGUAACAGUGUUUCUUUUCGUUGCUUGAAAAUGAAAAUUUUUGUUCGAUCAGUCGAAUGCAUUUUCAGCAACAAAGAACUAUGAUUUCGUAGUAAAUUUUUUACAAUAAAUUUAAAUUGAAGUCGACUAAAGAAGACAUGGCCAAAGUCUUAUUUCUAACUGAAAAAAGCCGACGGAUUGGUAAGAUGGCCUUUACGAGCUGUGUAACACAUCGUAGUAAAUCCAAAUUGUUGCCUUCAUUACCCUUUUAUCUCUUGUGUGUAAUAAUGAGGCGUAGACUUCAAGCUAUAUUUAUAAGUGAGGACCUGAUAGGCACACAAAAUACCGGUCUAUAAGACUUGAAACAUAUUAACAUAUUAUUACACAGAGUGCAAUUAGUGUAGUAUGUCGACAGCGUUACACGAAGAAGCUUGAGAGCAACGUUAGGUAAAUUUUCGAUACUUGCAAGAUCCCACAGGAAUGAUUCAAUUCCUCAUGACGGUAAGUUUCAUUUCCGCGAGUAAAAACUUACGAUAUUGUUUCAACGUUUUUGUUGACUAUAUUUGGAUUAUAGCAUGUGCAAGCUACAAACCCGUCAAAAUGUCUAGACAAGUACGUAAUCUACUAUUAAUCUCAAGCCUCAGUAAACAGUUCAUUUCCCGACUUCGAGUGCAUAUUGCAAUAAUCUACCAUUUUGAUUUUCGUCAUGAUUGGAAUCAUGAGGGAUUUUUCGCUUAAAAUUAUAUUUUAUGUUGGAAAACACGUUGAUAUAUUUCGGAAGAGUGUUGUACAUAUUUAAACAAAAUCUCUCCUGAGUCACUUAAACAUGAUACACACACACACCAAUGUGGAUUGCUAAAAGAAGAGAUUUUUAAUAGAUUUAUUGAUUAAUGAAAUAUAUAAAAAAAUAAAUGAAAGAAGCAAAAAAAACAAUUUUUUUUUGUUUAAAAUUGUACGCGUCUAUGUUAUAAGUGUUAUCUUGUUUUUUAGAACAUUUUAUUUAAUUUGUUUUAAUAUUUGUGUUAUUAACUGUAAUGGUAUAUAAAUGUACAGAAACAAUAAAACAAAAUCAACAAUCAUAAUAUUGUGAAUGACAGGAAAGAAAGAUAGAAAAAAAGAAAAAAACAAUCAUUAAUCAUCAUAAAAAUAAAAAAAUUUAAUUUAUGUAUGAGUGUGGAAAAAACAAAAAAUUAUAAAAAGAAGAAGAAGAAAAAGAAAAUAAUUAGAAAUUCACUUAGGAAACACUAAAUAUGUAAAAGAAAAAUAUUAUUACCUUAAUACUUAUUAUUAUUGAAAUAAACAACAACAACUAAACCUAAAAAUCGUUAAGAUUUAUCAUCAAUGAUGAUGAUGAUUAUGAUGAUAACAGAGAGAUAGAUAGAGGAAGAGUUGGGGCAUACUUGCAAUAUUAUUUUUAUUAUUUUUUUAAAUUAUUUUAUAUCUUCUCCGGUACACUAAUUAAUUAUGGUUCCCUUUAAAAAAAAAUUCGUAUAAAUAUUUAUAUUUUAGUUUAUUAGUUGCAAAUUAAACGUUUUUUCAUUCUGAAAAGAGAAACAAAAAUAAUAAACUGAUGCAGUCACCAGAAAAUAACAGACUACACUUUUUCGAUUUUUGUGGACUUGUUAUAAUCCAAGUGCUAAUGUAUGUCGGUUUUUUUUACUGACUCUGUCACUUUGACAGAAAUAUGUGAAACUUGCACGUAGACUGUUUUCAGUACCCAUGCCAAUAAAUGUCUUGGCAGAAAAAUUUAAUCAAACGAUGUUACCGAAAGAUUCCCAUUAAUUUCAUAAAAAUAUCCUAAUUUUCAAAAGCGUUUUGUCGAAUUGUUUGUUGAUUUAUCCAAAACUCAUUUACAUUAAAACGAAAAUCAUGAUUAGCUUCCGUAAUUUUGUGAUUUGAGUAGUUUUCAUUCCAAUAAAGAAUAGAGUUUCAAGUCAAAUGAUGUAGAAGACAAUGAAAUAAUCAUUUCAAUCUUAAUAAUUCUAUUCAUUCCACACGCGUUCCACAUGAGGUAUGUGUACGACAAAUGACAACGUCGUAUGUGGAAUGAAUAACAUGAAUUGGAUUCAAAUUGUUGGAUCUUAUAAUUCCACGGGUGUACAUUUGUUAGUCUUUUCCGUAUUCCGUUCUUAAAAGUGUAAACAUUUAA